GGUGUCACUGAUGUUCAAUAUGGUUGCCUCCACAGAACUUCGGCAGGAUUAAACCGGAUUUCUGCGACUAGCGAAUCAUGUAUUUUAGAUUUUGUACAAAGAUGCUUUGAUAGCGAAAGUUUAUUUAUCAAGAAAGAUGCAGAGUUCAAGGUUUCUUAGACAAGCAGAGAAUGCCAAUUAUUUGUUAGAAACUGCAGCAAAGAGGCCUUCAGAACUAAAGAAUAAUCUGCCCAGUUCAAACCCCAAAUGGAAGUCAAUACAUGAAAGACUUGUUGAUAUGUAUAUUGAAGAAUGUGGCAAACAACCCAGGAUACCUGGUCUGAUGCCAGCUUCCAAAUUACUAGAUAAGCUAGUAUACCGAGAUAAACUGAAUACCCUCAUCAUCAACCUGUAUCCUGGGAAUGACGGCUACUCAUUGAUGCUAAAGGGGAGAAAUGGAACAGAGUCCGAGUCUGUGAAACUGCCAUAUGAGGAGUCAGAGUUGUUAGAAUAUGUUGACAAUGAAGAGCUUCCCCCAAUCUUGGUUGAUCUUCUUGAGAAGUCUCAGGUGAAUAUCUUCUACAGUGGAAGUGUUAUAGCAGAGAUCAGGGAUUAUAGACGCACCACCAGUAAUACAUUUGAUACCAGAUAUGUGCUUUUGAAACCAACUCCUCAAACCCUCUUAUGUGAUAUUAACACCAUAACCAAUGAUGGUCACCGCUGGACACAGGAGGAUGUGUUGAUACCUGGAGACAGAGACCUGUGAAUCUCGCUGCCCCAGAGCAACUUGAGGUGGAAAAAUUAGCAAAGUCCAUAGAGAAGCCAAAAAUAACAUUGGAUAACACACCUGUGACAGUGGAGGAAUAUAUAAUGGAGAUGGAGAGGACCCCAGGCAAGAUUUACUAUGCCCGCCUUGUGGUCCAGCAGCGAUUGAGUGAUGACUUUUACUUGGGGGAGCUCUAUGUGGACCGAGACUUCACAGAGGGACAGAACAAUGCUAGCUGCUGCAAGUUUUCUUUGGGAACAAAAGCCAAUGUAGACAAAUACAUCCACCAGUUCACAGAGAUCUUCACAGAAGAAGGACGGAGAGCAGUGAAGAUCACCCACAUCAUCUCAGGUCAAGAACCCAAGGUCACCUUCACCCAGUCAUCAUCACAGUCAUCAGGACAGUCCAGUGUCACCACUACAACACAGGCAUUGUUGACACAGGCAACGUCUCUGGCACAGAACAUCCUAGGGCAGGCUGACCCUAGUCAGUCAGCAGAUGGCAGCACUAAACAGCCAAUGAAACUGUCUCUACAGCUCAAUGCCCCAGGGUCCAUAUCAUCAGCUGGAUUGCUGGGUUCUCCCUCUGGAAUGCAGAGUCCAGUAGGUAUAAAUUCUGUUGGUCUCCAGCCUGGCAACCUUCAGCAAACUUCAAACAGCAACCAUAGACCCAAACAUAUGAAUCUCUACUCCAAUAUUUCAAGAUCAAGUAGUACACCCAGUCCAGUGUCUACACCUACGUCUGCUUCAGCCCCCUUGCCUGGUCACCACAUUUCCUCCACAAGGGAGCGCCAUGGGUCAUCAAGAGAGCCCAACCCCACACCUCCCCCUCCCACAGGACGGGCCCCCACACCUAACUCCUCAAGCUCCAGGCGCUCAUCUCUCACAGACAGUGGGGGCAGUCUCAGUGGACAGAUGACUCUGCAGGCCUUCCAGCAGGGGUCAAAUAUUGCACACUUCAUGCAGGCCACAGGCAACAGCCUCCAGUCGUCCGGUUCUGCUCCUCCCACUCCAGUGGACACGCCCACCACACCCACGCCUCUAGCUGGUCUUGAGGCCCCAGCAAUGAGCAGUUCAGCCCCUACACCCACUGCAUCUGCUCCAAACAUCAACAUUGCCAAUGUGGCUGGCCUGCCACAGAACAUCAGCAUACAGAGCCUGGCCAAUCUGCAGGGUAUGGGGCUGACCAAUAUACAGGGACUACAAGGACUGCAGAAUAUGCAGGUAUCUCUGACAGGUGUUUCUAUGCCAGGAGGUGGUAUUGCUGUCCCAGUUCCUAUCACAAUGAUCAGCAGCACCAACCCGUCCACACAGUUAUUGAGUACACCAGCUGGCAUAGUGUUCAGCUCUGUGGCUGGUCUGCAGGGCAUCACCACAGCAGGGAACAAUACGGGAACCUCCUCCACCACAACACAAGCUGGUAAUACUACAUUGGUAACCAUGGUAACAUCUAUGCCCCAGACAACAUCAGCUCCAACCACUGCUACAAGUGGAACUCCAUCCUCUAUAGUUAUGACAACAAAUGUUCUGACCAACACUGCCCAAGUCCUGAACCAGGGUAUGCUGUCUGUUCCUAUAGGCAUGGCUGGGAACCUGGCCCAGUUCAUGACUGCUGCUGGAAUCAAGGGAACAUCUCAACAAAUCAGACCAGGCUCUCAGUUGUCAUUGCUACAGAUUCCAGGGCAGCAGCCCAUUCAGAUCCUCGGCACCAACCUUCCUGGUCAGCGGACCCAAGUGCAGCCAUUACAGCAAGGCACUGUGGGAAGGACAAUAUCGGGCAAUGGAUCUCCACUAGCAGCAGGAUCUAGUGGUGUGUUAUCCCCCUCCAACCUCACAUCUACUCCAGCAGUGACCGCUUUGUCACAGUUGACAUCAGCAGUAAGGGGAGGAGGCCAGCCACAGACCAUAACAGCACAACAACUGAUGCAACUAACACCACAACAGCAACAACAGUUACAACAGCAGCAACAACAACAGCAGCAGCAGUUGCAAUUCUUACAGAAACACCAACCCCAACUGCAACAGUUUCAGUUACAGCAGCUAAAACAGCAGCCUGGUAAUCAGGGGCAUCCAUCGCAGCGAACACUCAUGUCAUCCAUGCCCAGUUCGAAGGGAAAGAAAAGGACAACACCAACCCCUCCAAAGUGACGGUCUUAAAGUUUCCGUUUUACUGACACCAAGUCACUCAUUUCCGUCUUUUUCAUGUUUAAAGAAAUUCUCAUAUCCAUGACUUCCAGAAUGACACUUUUAUAGUACAUUUUGAUAGUCACAAAGAAUUGGAAUUGGGCAGCUUCCAUGCCUGCACACACAAUUAAACACACACACACAGAUAUAUAAAUUAAAAUGUAUUUAGGGAGAUGGUAUCUUCAUAAAAUACCAAUGGGCAGAUAUAUUACUUUUAUUAGAAUAAAAGUGAAAAACAAAAGAUUGUCCAAUCCAGUUUUAUACGAAUGAAACACACUGGUUUUAAUAGAGUCUUUAGUAUUUGUGUAGCAAACUUUGGAACUCUUAGAGCUUUCAUCUCUGUAACUUUGUGUUUGUAAUAGGACCAAAAUAAUAUUUAGGUGGUCAGUUUCAUGCACAAACGUAUUUUCUUGACUGUUUGUCACUUAAGUAGCGAAUGACAAACAAUGAGUAUUGAUGGUGCCAGUUCAUGGUCAA